GGACGGACCCUACGUCAUGGAAACUUGAACUACACACGCGCGAUGAGGGCAAUUGCGCUGACAGUAUGCCGGAAUGCGGUGCGGAGCUCACGCACGCAGGCAUUGACUUUAAGGAGCACACAAUGCGGUGUUCGGUGGUCUUCGUCGACACCAACGAAGUCUGCGCCGACGUCGUUGUCCUCGAUUGAUGAGCGAGAAUGGUCGACUCCGUUGGCGAAGACGCUGGCGCAGGCUAUAACAACUACCGGCCCCAUCUCCGUAGCUGCGUACAUGCGGCAAUGCUUGACACAUCCUGACGGCGGAUACUACACACGGCAGACGACCGGCCACGACCAAUUCGGAACGAAGGGCGAUUUCAUAACGUCCCCUGAGAUCAGCCAGGUGUUUGGAGAGUUGGUGGGAGUGUGGCUUUAUACUGAGUGGCUUGCGCAGGGUCAGAAGGAAAAGGUGCAGAUCAUUGAGGUUGGGCCGGGCAGAGGAACGUUGAUGGAUGAUGUUCUGAGGACACUCUCAAAUUUCAAGAGAUUCUCAAGGAGCGUAGAGGCUAUCUAUCUCAUCGAAGCGUCGCCGCAUCUACGGAAACAACAAGCCCAACUGCUGGCCGGUACGGACGAACUGAAAGACACUGAUAUCGGAUGGACAGCUCCCUGCAAAUACAUUCCCGGUUGCAACAUCAUCUGGUGCGAAGACAUCAGACUCGUACCCAAAGAAGAAUCCACCACCCCCUUCAUCCUCGCCCACGAAUUCUUCGACGCCCUUCCAAUCCACAUCUUCCAAUCCGUCAAGUCGACCAGCAUCCCCGCCUCCUCGACCAUCAUGACGCCCACGGGACCCAUAAAACCCAAAACGGGUCCCCAAGCCCCGCAAUCAAACUGGCACGAACUCGUCGUCUCCCCAACAUCCCCCUACACCUCCAACCCAUCCCCUCCCCCAUCCUCCCCAGAAAACGCCACCGCAACCGCUUACGCGAAACCCGACCCCAAAGCCCCAAAAGACGACUUCGAGCUCACCCUCUCCAAAACCCCAACCCCGCACUCCCUCUACCUCCCCCAGAAGUCCCCCCGCUACAAAGCCCUGCAAUCCACCGAGGGCGCCAUCGUAGAAAUAUCGCCAGAAUCCCUCUCCUACAUCUCCGACUUCGCCACCCGCAUCGGCGGCGCGAAUCCUGCACCCCGGUCUCCACCACCGUCUACGUCCACAACUCCCCAACGACGAGCAUCCGAAAAGGAACAACCAUUCCACAAACCAAACCCCUCAGGCGCAGCCCUGAUCCUAGACUACGGACCGCUCGACACGAUCCCCGCCAACACGCUCCGCGGCAUCCGAUCGCACGCUGCGUGCUCUCCCUUCCGCGACCCGGGUCUCGUCGAUCUGUCCGCGGACGUCGAUUUCCUAGCCCUCGCGGAGGCGGCACUCGAUGCCUCGCCGGGCGUAGAAGUGCAUGGGCCUGUAGAGCAGGCGUUUUUCCUUAGCACGUUGGGGAUUAAGGAGAGGGUGGAGAGGUUGGUUAAGGGGAAGAAGAAGGACGGGAGCGGGGAGAGUGAGGAGGGGAAGGAGGUGGCGGAGAGGGUGGAGGGCGCGUGGAAGAGGUUGGUGGAUAGGGGGCCUACCGGCAUGGGCAGGAUUUAUAAGGCGUUGGCUAUACUGCCGUAUGUUGAGGGGAGGGCGGUUAGGAGGCCGGUGGGUUUCGGGGGGGAUGUUGUGGGG